AUGAGUGUCCGGCGGUGGUGGGACAACUUUCGCGAGCAGCACCCAGAGCUGUGCGAAAGGUGGGCGACACGAUGGGCAAUUGUCCGGCCUUACCUACCACCUGUCAACUUUAUCACACUGCACUAUGGCUACUUCAUUGUGACAGCCAUCAUCGCGGCCCUCAUCUUUUGGGGCUCCUCGAACCCUCGACACAGCAUUGGCUGGUGGGAUAGCUUGUUCAUGGUCAUGUCGGCGCUAACGGCUUCGGGGCUUAACACGGUCAACGUCAGCCAGCUCACCACGUUUCAGCAGGUCCAGCUGUGCGUGCUUAUGAUUAUGGGCAGCCAGGUCAGCAUCUCAUGGUUCACUAUUGCAUUUCGCAAACACAUUUUCGAGAAGCGAUUUGAAGACAUCGUCGACAUGGAGCGUGCAAAGAGGAAAGCCGCGCCUUCGCAAACGGGCGCCGUUGUCGGCAUGACAGGCGCCAUGUUUGGCCUGCAGGUCAUGUCGUCCUUUGGUAAAGCCCAGCAUCAAAAGAUAGGGCAGAGCAAUAGACCGUGGUCUUCGAAGGGCAAUAAUCAUGCAGAUGCCCAAGCUGCAAGAGCGGAAUCUUCCCCGGAGAAACCGGCAGUUCGGGAUCCUCUGGCGCAGAGAAAGGCGCCGAAUCAACAUCACGUCGGAUUUCUCGAGCCGAUUCGCGAGAACAGGCCAGAAGAUCAAGCCCAGUCCGCAACAACUGCACAUUCCAUCUACCAGACGCACUCGCACCAAAGCGGAGCAACUACGCAACGGAGGCCAUGGACGGCUGAAUCACGAACAUCUGACGGCGGUUUCAACGUCCAGAAAUUUUUCAUGGAGCAAAAGGGCAACAUUGGACGCAACGGGCAGUUCUUUAACCUGUCCGAGGACCAGCGCGAAUACCUCGGUGGUGUCGAGUACAGGUCCCUAAAAUUCCUUUCGCGCUUUGUUAUCGUUUAUUUAGUCCUAUGGCAGCUCUUCGGCGGCAUUGCCUUGGGCGCCUGGAUGUCCGUCUACGCCGUCGACGAGUCAGCGUCCAAUGCUCAGAACCCUUGGUGGGCGGGCAUCUUCCUUGCUAUCUCGGCAUACAAUAACGCCGGCUUCACUCUGCUCGACGCGGGCUUUUUACCUUUCCAGGGAUCUUACUUCUUGCUCGUAAUUGUCACCAUCCUCUCGCUCGCUGGCCCUGCGGCGUUUCCCGUCUUCAUGCGCCUACUGAUCUGGAUCAUGUCGAAGCUGCUACAGCUCUUUUCCAGGGACAAAGAGGACUACACGGUCUGGAAAGAGGGGUUUGACUUCAUUCUCAAGUUCCCGCGUCGCGUAUACACGAACUUGUUCCCGGCGCGGGACACUUGGAUAUUUGUUGCCACGUUUGGGGGCUUCGUGUUGGCCGACUGGGUCUUGAUUCUCAUUCUCACCAUUGGAAAUCCCGCCAUGGAGGCCAUCCCGCUGGGACAGCGUAUUUUUGAUGCGCUGUUUGAAGGGUUCUCAAUUCCUUCUGGUGGAUACGCCAUCGUCUCCCCAUCAGCCAUGUACUUUGACCUGCAGGUUCUCUGGCUCAUUAUCUUCUACACGGCUGCGUACCCGCACAUCAUCACCAUGCGCAGAACAAACGUCUAUGAAGAGCGAUCCUUGGGCAUCUACGAAGGAGAUCAGACCGAGAUCGAGCAACUUCACUCCGAGACAAGCAGCCUGUUUGACGUCGACGCCGAUAUCCACAGCCACGACCCACUCGCGGCUGGACUUCCAUCCGCACGUGGCGCAAAUGAUAUCGGCAACGGGAGAGACUGGAACGCAACCUCAGGCACGCCGUCUAUGAGAUCUGGCAAGGGUCUUUACGCCGUCACCCGUCGCAGCACAGCAUUCGUCGGCCGACAACUGCAGCGCCGAAUGACAGCCUUUGAAGGCGUCGGCGUCGCAGCAACAUCAUCAUUCACGCCACCAUCUGGUGCUAGCAUAGGCCCCAAGCCGCUCCGUCGCGCUGUAACUAUGGACUUCGCACGACCGCCAUCAGCACACUCCCUGCAUAACCACCCGCCGACCGGCCCGCCCAGUCUUAUCUCCCAACAAGUCCGCGGCCAGCUCAGCCACGACGUAUGGUGGGUCGCCCUGGCUUUGUUUCUUGUGACACUCAUCGAAACGCGGCAUUCCCUUGAAGAUCCUGUGACUUUUAGCGUGUUCAAUAUGCUGUUCGAAAUUGUCUCGGGUUACACGAAUAUCGGAAUCAGCAUUGGCCUGCCGAACCAGAGCUACAGUCUUACAGGGGGGAUGUACACGGGGAGUAAGAUCAUUAUGAUUCUUGUCAUGUUGAGAGGGAGGCAUAGGGGUUUACCAGUGGCGCUAGAUCGUGCAGUCAGGCUACCUGGGAAGAAGCUGGCAGAGUACGAGGAGGAAGAUGCUGAGAUUAGGAGUUUAUCUGCUUUACCCCGUAACUCAUAG